AAACAAAAGGAAUGGAAAAAGCGAACGAUAACGCUUGCAUCGCUGAACUAUUUCACUUGAAGGGGAAGAAGAACAAGACCAAGAAGAAGUCGAAGAACGAGACCGAGCCAGUUGCUGCGAAAGAAGCAGCAGAUUCUGCAACAGCCAUAACCGUAAAUAAUGGGGAUGAUGUUAGUACUUCCAGUGGUGUUAGGAUUUCUUCGUUUGAUUUCUCUGUCGACAAGUUCUUCCGAAGCAUGGAUACCAUUGCCAGACUCUGCGGCGAAGAAGAACGCGAUGCUGAUUCUGAACAAAGCGAGAUUCGGAGAAUGUCUUCCUCAAUCACUUUCUUAAGAGAAUGGAGAGAUUUUAAAUAUCCAUCAAGAAGCAUUAAAUUUGCCUAUGGACUUGAGAGCUCAGAGUGUUCUAAGGGAAAAGAUGACAUUACAGUAAAUCUGCCUCAGUUUUCAUCUGCCUCUGUUCCUAAGGCACAAGAGCAUGACAUGCAAGAGGAACAACUUGGGGAGGCCAAAUCUCAGGAAUGCAGAGACUUUGUGAUGAAUGUUGGAGGCCCUGUGUGGGCAUUAGAUUGGUGUCCUCAGAUACAUGAAAAGCCUGAGUGUUCAAUUAAAUGUGAGUUUAUUGCUGUUGCUUCUCAUCCACCUGGCUCUUCUUAUCACAAGAUGGGUGCCCCAGUUACUGGCAGAGGUGUCAUACAAAUAUGGUGUCUUCUAAAUAGCAUGGGACACAAUGAAGUAGUAUCUUCUCUCGCAGAGAAAGGACAAAAGGGACCUAAAAAAAAUGGAGGCUCAAAUGACAAGUCAACAGAAAUAAAGAAGCCCAGAGGAAGACCUAGAAAGAAUCCAACAGUGAUUGCAGUGGAUGAUAUGAAUUGUGAGACUCAGACCAUGCCAACUCUUGCUGUUCAAUUUGCAGAAAAUUCUACUGAGUUUCCUUUUCCAGAUGGGAAGCUUGAAAAUGAUGGAGAAAUACUUUCUAAAAAGGAUGGGGGCACAAAUGACAAAUCAACACAAAUGAAGAGGCCUAGAGGAAGACCUAGAAAGAAUCCAGCAGUGAUAGCAGGGGAUGACACAAAUUGUGAGACCCAGCACAAGUCAGUUCUUGCUGCUCAAGUCUCACAAAAUUCUAUUGAUUUUCCUGCUCCAGAUGGGAAUCUUGAAAACAAUGUAGAAAUACUUCCUAUUACAUACACGAGAAAAAGAGGGGCCAAGAAUAAUGAAAGCACAAAUGAAAAUUCAUCACUAAUGAAGAAGCCUAGGGGAGGACCUAAAACAAAUUUAAAAGAAGUUACAGGGAGUGACCCAAAUUGUGAGAACCCACCUGUGGCUCUUGAUGUUCAAUUUCCCCAAGAUCCAGCUGAAUUUGUUUCUCCAGAUGUCACUCAUGACAAUUGCAAUGAGUAUGCUUUGCAACAAUGUUGUGUUACAAAACAAAGGCAUGCCAAGAAAGCUGCUUCUGCAUGCAAUACUAUUUCAACAAGUCUUGUUAAAAGCAGCAGGUUGAAAAUUAAUCAUAGGGAGGAGAGACAUAGCCAAGAUAUAAGUCAGCCACCAUUGACCCAGUCUGAGAAUGAGGUAAAUCAUCAACCGUGUUGUAGCUCUGAAUUGAAACCUCCAGCAGCAACUUGUUCCAUUCUAGGAGAUGUAACUUUGCCUAGGGUAGUGGUAUGCCUAGCUCAUAAUGGAAAGGUGGCAUGGGAUGUGAAAUGGCGGCCUCCCAACUUUUCUGAUUCCUUAUGCAAACACCGGAUGGGCUAUCUUGCUGUCUUGUUGGGCAGUGGAUCUUUGGAAGUGUGGGAGGUUCCUCUUCCUCAUGUAUUGAGAACAAUUUAUAUGCAUAGUGAGGGCACUGAUCCACGAUUUAUAAAAUUGGAGCCUGUAUUUAAAUGUUCAAUGUUGAAGCGUGGUGGCUUACAAAGCAUUCCGCUCUCAGUGGAGUGGUCAGUUACGCCCCCUCAUGACUAUUUACUUGCUGGCUGCCAUGAUGGAACGGUUGCUUUGUGGAAAUUUUCUACAAAUUCUUCAUCCCAAUGUGAUGAUACAAAACCGGUGCUUUGUUUUGGGGGAGACACAGUUCCUAUUAGGACUGUUGCCUGGGCUCCAUUUGAAGGCAAUCCAGAGAGUUCUAAUAUAAUAGUAACUGCCGGACAUGAAGGCCUUAAGUUUUGGGAUCUACGUAAUCCAUUUCGUCCUUUGAGGAACCUCCACCCUGCACCAAGAAUCAUAUACAGUCUGGAUUGGCUGUCAAACCCAAGUUGCAUCAUUAUGUCCUUUGAGGAUGGAACAAUGAGAACCUUUAGCUUGGUGAAGGCGGCAAAUGACCUUCCUGUCACUGGAGAAACAUACAGCGGAAAAAAACAACCAGGGUUGCAUAGUUCUUCAUAUUCAUCGUUUGCCAUUUGGAGUGUUCAAGUUUCACGUAUAACAGGCAUGGUUGCAUAUUGUGGUGCAGAUGGCACUGCUUUUCGUUUUCAGCUUACUACUAAAGCAGUCGAGACAGAUCAUUCACGCAAUCGACUCCCACACUUCCUUUGUGGGUCGGUAACUGAGGAGGAUUCAACUCUGAUUAUCAACACUCCUGUAUCAAAUGCUCCUUUCCCGGGGAGGAAGUCACGUGACAAGGGCCGGUAUGCUGAAUCUUUCCGAGACUUGCUAUCCAAGUCAAAUCCAAGCAGAGGUGCGAAUAAUCAAAUGGCAGAAACUUCUAAUUCUGAUUCUCAGAAUUUAGCCCUCUGUGAUGCUGACAAUUUGGGUUUGCAAGCUGGCUCUGAUGAAGUGUUGUGUUCUGUGAAGCAGCCAAAAAAACCAAAACUGAGUAGUAGCAGCAAGAAAAAAUCAGUAGAAAGCCAAGCUUUUGUUUGCAGAGAUGAUGUGUCAACAAGCACUCCCGGGCUUGACAAUGAAAAGUCAGAUUUUGGGAAUAUACCUGAAGUCUUCCCUCCCAAAAUGGCAGCAUUGCAUAGAGUGAGAUGGAACAUGAACAAAGGCAGUGAGAGAUGGUUGUGCUUUGGAGGAGCUAGUGGACUUGUGCGUUGUCAGGAGAUUGUUUUCUCUAAAACUGAUAAGAAAUGGGCGUUGAAGAAAUAAUGGCAUUUUAUCCGCACUUAAAUUUGGUGUCGUGAAUUACCUUGCGUGAAUAUCAACUGUAAAUUAAGAUCAAAUCACACAAGAAAAAAUUAUAGUCAACGUUGACAAGUCAAAUAUGUCACAUAUCAAAUUCAUUAUGAAAUGCAGGAACAGUACAUGGCUUUUGUAGCAAGUCGACCCCUACGUAGUUUAAAUGUGUACCG